AAUCGAUUUUAUUUUCUCAUUUUCGCGACGAAAAUAUUCUCCGAAUCAAACUCGAAACUUCACACUCUCUCUCUGUAUUCGUAAACUGCAAGAUCUGCGAGAAGCGGAACUUCGAAAAUGGGUUCCGUUGAUAAGGAGGUUGAAGAAGAGCUUUUGAAAGCGGGUGAAAAGCUUCUAGAUCCUCCUUCUUCCAUCGACGAUUUGAUAAAUCUUUUAGACAAAAUUGAAAGUUGCCUAUCAAAGGUUGAGCAGUCACCUUCUGAAUCUAUGCAUAAUGCGCUCUCUCCAGCAUUGAAAGCAUUAGUUGCUGAUAAACUUAUAAAGCAUUCCGAUGUUGAUGUCAAAGUUGCACUUGCCUCCUGCUUCAGCGAGAUAACAAGAAUCACUGCACCUGAUGCUCCAUAUGAUGAUGAGCAAAUGAAGGAGGUCUUUAGAUUAAUUGUAUCUUCAUUUGAAAAUCUACAUGAUAAGUCAAGCCAAUGGCAAUUGAAGAGGACUUUAAUCCUUGAAACAGUUGCAAAAGUCAGGUCAUGUGUGGUAAUGCUGGAUCUUGAAUGUGAUGCACUCAUUUUGGAGAUGUUUCAGCAUUUCUUUAAGACAAUAAGGGAACAUCAUCCUGAUAAUGUUUUCUCGUCCAUGGAAACCAUAAUGGUCCUCUGUCUUGAGGAAAGUGAAGAUAUAUCUCUUGACUUACUCUCUCCAAUCUUGGAGAGUGUGAAGAAAGACAAUGAGGAAGUUUUGCCAAUUGCUCGAAAGUUGGGGGAAAGAGUUCUUGAAAGUUGUGCAACAAGGCUUAAACCCUAUUUAGUGCAAGCUGUGAAUACCUUGGGUAUUUCUUUGGAUGAUUAUAGUGAUGUUCUUGCCUCAUUAUGCAACGAUUCAUCAGAUAACUCGGCGCAGAAUGAUCUUAAACCCUAUUUAGUGCUAGCUGUGAAUACCUUGGGUAAUUUUUUGGAUGAUUAUAGUGAUGUUCUUGCCUCAUUAUGCCAUGAUUCAUCAGAUAACUCGGCGCAGAAUGAUGUUCAUGAUCGCAAAUCAGCUGAAGAGCCUGUGGAGGAAUCGGCACAGGUGGAUAGCGAGAUUACAAAAGAAGCCACACCACCGCAACAAGAUAAUGAUGCUGAUGGGGACAGGUCUCCUAAGUCUGUCAUGAGCAAUGGCAUUGCACAAGCUGGAGAAGAUGAUAGUUUAGUAGAAUCAAAGCCUCUUAAGAAGCAGGAUGGUACUGACUCUCCUGGUCUGUCCAAAGGUAAUAAUUUGCCGGUUAAUGAGGAGCGCAAUGAUUUGGACACUGAAAUAAUUGACAGUAAAGAACAAAAGCUGGAGCGCAGUACCAAGAGGAAAGGAAAGAAAGCCAGCUCAUCAAAGUCGACCAAGCCUUCUAAGAAAUCAAAUGUUGUUAGUGAGAAGGAAGCCGAGAAAACAUUUGACUCUAAAAGUCCCAGCAAAGAAAUUCCUAGUUCUCUUAAUGAAGAUGGUAUUGUUGAGGCUACAGGAACGUCAGAGAAUGACAAAGAGAUUAAAGCUACAAUUUCAUCACCGAAAGUAGGUGACACUGAAUCUGAUGCCGUUGUUUUUCAUUCACCAAGUGAGAGCAAUCAUGACGAAAAUCGCUCUAAGAAACGUGUACGGACAAAGAAGAAAAAUAGCUCUGUGAAAGAAGUGACUGCAGGACAUAUUUCGAAAAAGGUGUCUGAAGGAACAUGUGAUUCUGAAGUAAAAUCAUCAAGACCAUCAGCAAAAAAGGGACUCGAUCGUAGCUCUGAUGUGAAAGUAACUACUGUUGUUGAUGCAGUUAAAAAGGGUAGCGGAAAAUCAGAAGAAAGAACCAAGGGUGAUGGUGGGUCAUCUUCCCGAAAGCCUGAGGCCAAGAAAAAAGGUAGUGUAAAAACAGAAGAAAGAACCAAGGUUGAUGGGGAGUCAUCUUUGCGGAAGCCGGAGGACAAGAAAAAGAAGGGACAUGUGAAAGGUAGUUCUGAAAAGGGUUUAGCAAAAUCUUCCUCUAAAGAUGAGGAUAAGGUAAUAUCUUCACUUAAGUCAGCUGCGAAAACAACCAAAGAUGAACACUCAGAAGUGACUCCUAAGACAAAUUUGAAAAGGAAGCGCACUCCAGGAAAAGAAAAAGUGUCUGGUAUCAAGAAAAAUGAUCAAAAACUUGUUGGAAAACGGGUUAAAGUUUGGUGGCCAGAAGAUGAAACGUUUUAUGAAGGUGUUGUUUAUUCUUUUGAUUCUUCCACUAAGAAGCACAAGGUCUUAUAUGAUGACGAAGAGGAAGAAAUAUUGAAUUUGGAAAAGGAGAAAUGGGAGAUUAUUGAAGCUGAUGCUGUUCCAGAUGUGCAGGAAGAAGGAAGUCAUCAAGCAAGUCCUGAUCCUUCUACUGAUAUGCCCCUUAAAAAGAAAGGGAAAACAAAUGCUGGUGAAUCAAAAAAGGAAGGAAAGAAGGACUCUUCUUCUAAAAGUAGUGGAGGAGCAACAUCAAGUAAAUCAAAGACGCCAUCCAUCAAGUCUACCCAAAAAUCCAAGACUGUUGGCAAGUCUGACAGCGAAGUUGGUAAAAAAUCUAAGGAUUCUGCACAAAAAACUGGUGGUAAAUUUGAGGAUCGUUCUGUGAAAAGUGGUGGUCAAUCUGAGGAACGUUCUGUGAAAAGUGGCGGUAAGUCUAUUGAUUCUACACAAAAGAACAAUUCCAAGAAGUCCGAUGGUUCCAAGAUAAAGAAAUACAAAGAUGAUGAUGUUGACACACCAAAGCCUUCUGGUUCCAAGAUAAAGAAAUCCAAAGAUGAUGCUGUUGACACACUAAAGCAUUCCGCUAAUUCUAAGCAAGAAACUGUAAAAACUGGAAAAUCCAAGCAAGGAACGUCUAAGAUUGUAGAAGAUGACGAUGUUGACACCCCAAUGCCUUCUGCCAAUUCUAAGCAAGAAACAGUGAAAACUGGAAAAUCUAAGCACGGAACAUCUAAGAUUGCAUCUUCCUCCAAGCCAAAAUCCACCAAAAGUACUGCUGGCAAGGUGAAAUUUAGUUUGGCAGAAGAUUCAGAAAACGAGAACUCUGAAGACUCAACGGAAGAGGUUGAAGAUACGAAGGUCAAGACACCUAGUUCGUUAAAGGCUGGAAGUGUGGUCAAGAGCGGAAAGAAACGGGCAAGAAACUAGAGGUGUAUGUGUACUCUAAUGCUUGCUUGUUUUUUUCAGUCAUCAGCAUUUUGGAUAUCCCUUACUCUAGUCAGGUCCCUCUAUUUAAAAGUUUGUGUUAAUCUCCUAAUUAUUUGUAGCAGUCUCUGUAGAAGUGUAGGUUAGUUUAGUGCCACUACUGUGCUAGUUUGUACUGUCGUCUUGCCCCCUCCCCCUCUCAAUUAUAUAAGUAGAUUUUAUUUGAUGGUGAUAAAAGAAAACGUUUGGUUAGUAACAUUGUUAGAGAACGUUGUCACUUCGGAUAAUGAUAUGUUUAUAAAACUACCCUACCAAAUUGAGUUA